AUGUCAAACUCCUUCACAAACUGUUUGCCAGGAUUUCAGGAACAACAGGAGUGUUCAUUAACUAAAGCAGUGGAGGAUGUCAGUCACCAUACCUACAUCCAGACGGAGGCCCUGAAAGAGAAACAGAGGACACUAAGCUCUCUGCAGGCAGCGCUGUCAGAUGUCGAGGGCAAAGGUGAGGUGGCAGAGCAGGAACUGAGAUCUAAGAUGAGGGAAUUGCUGAUGCUGGAAGGAGAAUUGGAGCAGCUGGAGAGGCAGACAAAAGUCCACCAUGAUCGCUGUGCAUCCAUCAGCAAAGACAACACAGAACUUCAGGUUCUUACAAGAGAGGAGGAGGAGGCGGCUCUCAUGGCACUGGCACAGUUCAACACUUACCGAAAGAAGAUGCAGGGUCACAGAGCGGCCGUUUUGUGCGCAGCGAGCCAAACAGAGGCCCAUAAAGAGCUGGAGGAGAAGAGAGCUCUGGUCCGCAUGCUGACACAAAAGAAAGAGGAGCUGAAAGAAGAUUUGAAGAAUCCAAAUGGAAACACUGUACAAACGGCAAAGAGUGAGAUUGAUGUUCUAAAGAAGGAGAUCUCUACGAAAACGAUGACCAUAGCUGAGAAGAAAGAGCUAUUGCAAAAAGAGUUUGCGAUUCAUGCCCAGAUAAAGAAAGACAUAGAGAUCCAGAACAGGCGCUAUGAAGCCAUCAUCAAACGUCUCCACUGCCAACUGAGCAGGGCCCAGGCUGCCCACAGGCAGAUGUCCGAUGAUAUCUACCACAUGAAGAGACAGCUAGCUGAGCUGAGGAGGCGGCAUCAGUCAUCACACGACUCAGCAGUCAGUGGUCAUUAAACUGCACAGCCAGGAUCUUCUAAUUUGGGUCAGUUGUUCUGUUAUAAGCAUAAAUGUAAUCCGGUAUGGACAUGUUAGCUGAAGGAAAGGCUGUUGUUGUUACCAGAGUUUGACAGCUGGGGGCAGCAACGUCCACUAAAUGUCUGACUUCAUCUCUGUUACUCCAUCACUUGGACAGUUAAACAAUAGUUUGAGACCUGAUGUUAAUGCUGUGAUUGUUGCUGUUAUUCCUUGAAAUGUUCGAGCUUUAUCAGAGAGAAAUCAGAAAUAUAAAAUAGUUUUUUCUAUUGCCACAGCCAUUUUGGUUUCCUCUGAUAGCAGGACAAGUGUGCAAGACUGCGUCACUUUCUUUUGGAUGAGGGGCAGCGUCAUCAGCACGGCGUGGGAUGGGAUUUUAGGUCAGAUGGUGACAGUGAAUCAGUUCGUCCGCAACAGUGACCCGUGCAAAACAAAAGCCAAGUGUACACUCAAACUGUCGGUGGACGGUGUUGUUUUGGUACGCACUGUUCCAGCUUCCGCUUCACCGGGUCGCUUGAUGAUCGCGAGAUGACAUUCCCACUGUCGGCUAACAAGGGCGUGACUGUGCUACUUCAGCCAUAAACCAGAACUAAUUAGACGAUAAAACUUCCUUGUCACAAAAUCACAUGAAUAGCGUCAGCCUCAGAGGAAAGCUAUACCUUGCGAUGUGACGUAUAUUCCCUUAAAUUGCACAUUUUUGUUUUCUUUUAGAAGAUAUGGCUUUAUGUAUUGUUGGAGCAGUUAUAGAAUAAGCAUACAAUGAGGAAAAAUCAUAGAAAUGUAGCUAAAUUUUGCAAAUAUGUUUCUUCAUUAAUCUAAGGCCAAACUAUUGCAAAUCUGACUAGAAUGUGAAUCUUAAAAAGAAGAAACUAUUUGUGGAAAAAGUCGUAGGUAUGGGAGGAGCAAACUACCCAUAGAAUUUAAAGCUUUAAUUUACACUCAGGAAGUCUGUGGAUGUCUUAGAGGUCCAGGACAAAAUGCGAUUAAUUACCUAAAAGCCAGGAAUCAGCCAUAAAUUGCAGCUUAGUGGAACAUUUCUUUAAAGAUGAGCUUCAUCCAGCCAGUGUUGCUGUGUCUGACUGACCUCAUUAGCAUGUUCUCAGGCUGACAGCCCUCUGCUCUGUCCUGUUGACGCCACUCAGCCUCAGGCCUCCUCUACUCAAAGUGCCCGAAACAUCCUCUCAGAAAGGACAGGCCUACCGUAUAUAAAUAGAAAAACACUGCAGUGAAUUUGCAUGCCCCUCAUUCCCAUUGUACAGUAGAGCCACGUGCCUGCACGCUCGUACUCUCAGUGGCCUUUUUAAAAAAACACAUUUCCUUUUUAGCCGUGAUUCCAUCUCAUUAGUUUGUUCAUCAUGCUCAUCAUAAAUUGCAGAUAAAAAUAAUGUUCUAGUGUUCCACAGUGGUGAGCCGUGAGAAUGAAACGCUGCCGUUGUUUGUUUUCACCACGGUAAUGCAAGUUUUAUGCAUUGUUAUGUACAGUAUGUUACAUAACAAGGACCUGUCCACGAUGAAGUGCAGCAAGUUCCUUUGUGAGAAACUCUUUAAAUAAAUGCCAUUCAUGUGCUCUCACUCCAACCUAAUUAAGCCAAGCUAAUUAGGGAAUGAAUUUAACACCAGCCUUCUGCUACAUGCUGUUUUUUUUCUCUCUUUGGCUGCGACGCAUCUCUCUACUACACUCUGGCAUCGAAAAUAUACUUGGCUGAUAAACAGAAGAGGAGUUUGGGGAUUUACCAGCCGGUGGGAGCUUAAAACUGAAGAGCACGAGUCCUUUUAGAGAGCGUUUUUCCCUGUGGAACACGUAAUACAGUCAAUUUCUUUCGCUCUUAAAGGCUAGUUUUACAUUACUAUCGACUACAUCAGCAUCCUGUAAUAACACCAUCUUAUAGUGACGAAAACUAGCUCAUGAAUCUGUGUUCUUUGAAUAUUAACAGCAUAAUCUACUGUUAAAAUCAUUAAAUACAUUUAGAACUUGCAUGUCUGCUGCCAAGAAACACGUCUUUGACCUUGUGUUCACCUUGCGUUGGCCUUUUGAUGAAAGAACGUGCCUAUAAAACGUGCUUGGCAUGCUUUCACAUCGACUGAAAAGCUCUGCAGAAUGCCUGGGCUCAUUUUUUUUUUCUCUGUGCAACACCGAAGGCAGUAUUUAUGAAUGUUAAAACGUCAUUAGGUGUAUACAGAAAGUAGGAGUAGGUAAAGAUCUGGUAAAAAUUCAAACAAGUAAAGCUGCUGUUCCCAUAAAUUGAGCAUCAUUUCAUUAAAAAGAAGCAUUUAGACUGAAUAUUAGAACCUCUUCUCACUAUUUACCGGUAGAUGUAGUUGUGUGUAUCCCUCGAGUGUUGCGCUGUGUGGAAUGAAUUCUUGGACUCUUGCCACUGUAGUCGAGGUGUAUUUACUGAGUUUGGCACAAUGGCCAGCUCUGUUGAAAUAUAGCGAUAAAAAAAACAGCUGAUGCACCAUGAGAGUGUAUUUUUAUUUGAUGCUUGUUGGAUGUGUUUAUCAUCUAACGGAAACCUGAUUUGGGUUCCAAAAUGUAUACAUGCGCACCUCUUUAUACCAGAAGACACAUUUAUUGAUUAAUAUUGGUGUAUUUGCAUGUGCAGGUGUGUGUGGGCAAUCAGUUUGAAAACAAGUCUUAGGAUAAUCACCCUGCUGUGAAAACUUCACGCCUUUUUUUAAGUGUUGUCACUCGUCACCGCUGGACAGAUUGCAUUCCAUACAGAUUUACUGCCUACCGCCACUCCACCUUUUACAAUAACAAAUAGUGCAGCUGUUUGCUCACAUAGUUUUUCUCAGCAAAGUACAACAAGGAUAAAUAACCUGGGCUAAACUCUUUUUACAUCGGUACAGAUUGGUUUUUAACAGUGGAGUAUACAAUUCUGGAAUAAGUUUGUAGAGGUUUAGUGAGUUAGCAUAUUUAGUUAGUUAGCAUGUGACAUAUUUGCUGU